UACCACAGGCAACACUAAAUAUUCCCUCCUAAAACUUCCCUUUCUUAAAUUCCUGUCUCAUCACAUAAAGGGAAGAUGAAGCAAAGUAUACCUAUUAGUAGGGAUAUAGAGAUUUUGACAUAGAAAAUAUUCAGUCAUGUCUCUUCCUACUUGGUUGAAUCUCAAGAUUAAGUCCCCUCAUUGUGGUUACAAGCCUACAUCAAGGCUCAUUCCGGCUUCUGUUCCAUCAAAGUUGAAUCUAUCAUAUACACAGCACUCUGAAUGUCCAAACAUUCCAGGUCCUCCAGCAGACCAGAAUGUUGCAGCAAUUGUGUUUGGAGAUGGAUCCAAUUCAAGACUUUAUCCAUUGACAAAGAGAAGAUCAGAAGCUGCACUUCCUAUUGCAGGAAACUACAGACUAAUUGAUGCAGUUGUCAGCAACUGCAUCAAUAGUAAUAUAAAGAAGAUUUAUGCACUCACACAAUUCAACUCUGCUUCUCUGAAUUCCCACCUUUCAAGAGCUUAUUCAAGUGCACGCAUCGGGAGCGAAGCAUUAGUUGAUGUGAUUGCAGCUUAUCAGAGUCCUGAAGGCAAGGGAUGGUUUCAGGGAACCGCUGAUGCUAUAAGAAGAUGUUUAUGGGUACUAGAAGAGUAUCCAAUUGUUGAUUUUCUGGUCCUUCCUGGUUACCAUCUUUACAAAAUGGAUUUCCAGGAACUCUUAGAGGUCCACUGCAACAACAAAGCUGAUAUAACUGUUGCAGUGUUAAACAAAACGAGGAGCGACGAUACAGAAUUAGGUACUUUCCAACUAAAUUCUGAGAAUCAAGUCAUUGCAUUCAAAGACUAUCCAGAGAAUAGAGAACAAAAUUCUGAGAAAUCCAAUGAUCUUUCUCAUGAUAAAUUUGCCAGCAUGGAUAUAUAUGUUGUUAACAAAUAUACCAUGAUAAAGCUUCUGACUGAAUAUCACCCGAUGGCCAAUGACUUCAGAAGAGAAGUUGUACCAGGUGCAAUUUCCAUAGGAAUGAAUGUAUAUGCACACAAAUUCAGCGGCUACUGGGAGGACAUGAGAAGCAUUGAAGCUUACUACCAAGCAAAUAUGGAAAGCACAAAGAACACAAAGAAAGCAUAUAGUUUGUAUGACAAAGACACUCCCCUAUAUACUUUGCCUCGACACCUGCCUCCAACUCAGAUAACUGAUGCUGCUAUAACAGAUUCUGUGAUCGGAGCUGGAUGCUUUUUCAAUAGAUGCAACAUCAGAGGUACAGUGGUUGGCAUGAGGACAAGAGUAGGAGAUGGAGCAAUAAUUGAGGAUUCAGUAAUAAUGGGUUCUGAUACCUACCAAAGUGGUCGGUCGGAGGAGGAUAUGCACAUUCCUAUUGGAAUUGGAGAAGGCUCACAGAUAAGGAAAGCAAUAAUUGAUAAGAAUGUGAGAAUUGGCAAAAAUGUUAAGAUUUUGAAUAAGGAAAAUGUCCAAGAGUGCAAUAAUGAAGCAAAUGGUUACAUUAUCACUGGAGGCAUAGUUGUAAUUCUGAAGGGUGCCAUUAUUCCAGAUGGAAGCAUUCUGUGAGUAAUAUUGGAGAUGGACAGAUAUUAUAUCAUUCUUUCAAUGAUUUGAUAGGGACACAUAGCUGCAGGGAAUCAAAUUGUAUACUGAGAUUAUUUUUAUCAUCACAUAUAUCAUUCUUUCAAUGAUUUGAUAGGGACACAUAGCUGCAGGG